AUGAAUGAAGGAGAUAUGAACGAAGGAGAUAUGUAUGAAGGAGAUAUGAAGGAAGGAGAUAUGAAGGAAGGAGAUAUGAACGAAGGAGAUAUAAACGAAGGAGAUAUGAACGAAGGAGAUAUAAACGAAGGAGAUAUGAACGAAGAAGAUAUGAACGAAGGAGAUAUAAACGAAGGAGAUAUGCAUGAAGGAGAUAUAAACAAAAGAGAUAUGAACGAAGGUGAUAUGAACGAAGGAGAUAUGUAUGAAGGAGAUAUGAACGAAGGAGAUAUGAAUGAAGGAGAUAUGAACGAAGGAGAUAUGUAUGAAGGAGAUAUGAACGAAGGAGAUAUGAACGAAGGUGAUAUAAACGAAGGAGAUAUGUAUGAAGGAGAUAUGAACGAAGGAGAUAUGCAUGAAGGAGAUAUGAACGAAGGAGAUAUGAACGAAGGAGAUAUGUAUGAAGGAGAUAUGAACGAAGGAGAUAUGAACGAAGGAGAUAUAAACGAAGGAGAUAUGUUUGAAGGAGAUAUGAACGAAGGGGAUAUGAACGAAGGAGAUAUGAACGAAGGAGAUAUGUAUGAAGUUUAA